AAAGAACCUCACCCCCCCCCCCAUCUUGGGCCAAAUCCGUAGGUGCCAAGUCUAGUGGUGGCAGGGAAGAUUCGGAGUCGCCUGGAACACAGAGAAGUAACUUCUGAAACAAGCUCUGGAGAUUUCUUAGACCUCAAGGGAGAAGGUGAUACGCAUGAAAAUGUGGACACAGACUUCCAAGGCAACCUGGCAUAGAUGGAAGAGAGCAGGUGCCUGCUGCUCCUGUGCCCAGACCAGUGGCUUGGGCCCCAGCACCAUCCAGGAGAAAACCCCUGGCGGCAAGUCCAACCUGGUCUUGGGUUAGCUUCUGUUGUUGGAACUCUGUCCUUCUGUUUGUUUUUCCAUGCUCGUGAACCUGACUGUACAUCUGUCAGAUUUGUUUCAUUAAAAGAGAAGCACAGGGCUGGAGAGAUGGCUCAGCGGUUAAGAGCACUGACUGCUCUUCCAGAGGUCCUGAGUUCAAAUCCCAAGAACCACAUGGUGGCUCACAGCCAUCUGUAAUGAGGUCUGAUGUCCUCUUGUGGUGUGUCUGAAGACAGCUACAUUGUACUUCUAUAUAAUAAAUAAAUCUUUGAGAGAGAGAGAGAGAGAGAGAGAGAGAGAGAGAGAGAGAGAGAUGCUCUUAGAAAGAAAGAAAAGGAUGAAGUCAAAAUGUCUCUUUGUAGGGGUUGGGGAUUUAGCUCAGCGGUAGAGCGCUUGCCUAGCGAGCGCAAGGCCCUGGGUUCGGUCCCCAGCUCCGAAAAAAAAGAAAAAAGAAAAAAAAAUGUCUCUUUGUAGAUGGCAUGAGCCUUUAUUUAGAAGUCCCUAUUGAGUCGACUAGAAAAUUCUUGGACCUAAUAAACACAGUAAAGUUAAAGUUUCAGGAUACAAAAAUUAACAGGUAGAAAGAAAGAAACAAAGAAACAAACAAACAAAAAAAGAAAGAAACAAAGAAAGAGGAAAGAAGAGACAGCUGGGCCAUGGUGGCAACUGCCUUUAGCCACAGCACUCAGGAGGCAGAGUUCUAGGCCAGCCUGGUCUACAGAGUGACUUCCAGGGCGGCCAGGGCCACACAGAGAAAAAUCGAGCAAACCUAAAGAAUUCAUGUAGAAGCAUAAAACACCACCAACAGCCAACACAGCCUCAAGGAGUAAGUGCUCUGCCAGAGAGGUUACCAUGGCUGCACUUACAGUACACUGAGGAUGAGAAAGAACAUGAGGUUAGGUGACUAGGGAGAGUGGAAGGGCCAGGAAGAGUUGGGGGAGGGGAAAGAAUAUGAUCAAAUACAUUGUAUGAAAAUGUUUCAAGUCACACUGCAGCACUAUGGUGACAAGGUCAGCCUAGCAUUGGCAUAAAAAGACAGACCAAACAAUGGAAUACAAUUGAAGACCUGGAAAUGGGAUCGCAAAGUGAUAGUCACUUAAUUUUUGUCAAAGGAAGCAAAAAAUGUAAUUUGAACAAAAGCCCAGUCAAUAAGUGGGCUCUGCCAAAAUGGUUCUGCCUGCGUAAGAAUGAAAUUAGAUUCGCAUUCCCAUUGUACAAGAACCAACCCAAAACGGAUUGAGGACUUUAACUUACCACCAGAAACAAAAGCCAGGCGGUGGUGGAGGUAGGGGUGCACACCUUUGAUUCCAGCCAUUGGGAGGCAAAAGCAGGCAGAUCUCUGAGUUAGAGGCUAGCCUGGUCUACUGGUCUACAGAGCAAGUUCCAGAACACCCAGGGCUACACAGAGAAACCCUGUCUCAGAAACUAGCUUAACUAAAUAAAAUGAAAAAUUAUAUGAGAGGGGGUUGGGGAUUUAGCUCAGUGGUAGAGCGCUUGCCUAGCAAGCGCAAGGCCCUGGGUUCGGUCCCCAGCUCAAUAUAUAUAUAUAUGAGAGAGAGAGAGAGAGAGAGAGAGAGAGAGAGAGAGAGAGAGAGAGAGAGAGAGAAAGAGAGAGAGAGAGACUGUAUGUGAGCAAUAACUUUUAAAACAGAACACCAACUGCCUAGGAGUUAUCAACAAUUGAAAAAAGGAUUUCUGCACAGCAAAGGACUCAGUCAGCACAGCCCACAGCAUAGGAGAAAACCUUAGCAGCUAUGCUUCAGAGCCAGGGCUGAUGACAGGACUGCAAGAAACUGCCACUCAACACGUGGGCAAGUGAGCUCAAUGGGCAGUUUUCAAAAGGGGAAAGACAAACGGCCAGCUGCUGUCCUACAGUGUUCCAUAGCCCCGAGCCAUAGGGAGACGCCGGUUAAAACUACUGUGGUACCACAUCCACCCCCACCAGAAUGGCUCUCACCAACAAAUCUGACAAAAGUUGGAGGGGGUGUGGAAAGGAGCCCUUUACUGUUGGUUGGGCUAAGAAUUAAUAUGGCCACUGUGAAAAUCAGUUUGAGGAUUUCUCAAAUAUUAAAAGCAGAAUGACCACAGGAUUGAGCCACUUCCCUCCUGGGCUUCUUCUACCUAAGAGCUCUCCAUUCACCGCUGCCACCGAAGAGAUGUUUGCAUAGAGCCCGCCCUGUCGGUUGCUGCUUUAUUCACCACAGAAUUGGAAUCAACGUAGUUUUGACCUCCCAGAUAUGAAUGGAUGAUAAAAAGUGUGUGUGUGUGUGUGUGUGUGUGUGUGUGUGUGAGAGAGAGAGAGAGAGAGAGAGAGAGAGAGAGAGAGAGAAUACUAGGAAUGUUAUUUGGCCCUGAAGAAAAUGAGGUUAAGGAGUUUGCAGGGACUUGGGAUAUAGGAUAUUGUGAGGCCACAAUCUCAGACACACCACAUGCUUGCCCUCGGAUGUGGCUGGCAGCCACUAUGUAGGUAAAGCUUCUGUGUGUGGGUACAGUAUAACAGGAGGAGGAGAACAGGAGGGCUGGCUCUAGAGAUGCAGGGAGGCUGAAUGCAAGUAGUGGACACAGGCACGAAAGAGGACAUAGUUAAUUUUCUAGUUUUUUUUUUUUCUUGGUUUUGGCAAUAGAUAACCUGCACUAGAUACAUUAGAUACUGAAAGCCUAAUAUUUAGUGUGAAGUAGCUAUUCUUAAUGUCAAUUCUAACUGCAUAGGAAGAAGUGAAUAAAAAGAGGACCAGAAAGUGGGACACACACGUGCGCUCGAGUGCGCGCGCGCGCGCACACACACACACACACACACACACACACACACACACACACAGAGGCAGAGACUCCAAAGAUGGCUAGAAAGCAUCCCGAGGUCCAGAACAGCUUGUUUCUCAGUGGCUAUGACAGUUCUGUGCUUAGCUCAGUCCAACUCGGGCUGUUUCAGUCUUGCUGGAUUGAAGAGUGUUGAGCUUCAUGGCCCUCGGCCCACUGCAGAGCAAAGAGUGGGCAAUCCCCAGAGGAAGGCAUGAACCUUGACUGACAGCCCCGUGCCCAACAUCAUGGAGACAGCUUUCUACUUCGAGCAGGCGGGGGUGGGGCUGAGCUCGGAUGAAAGCUUCCGAAUCUUCCUGGCCCUGAGGCAGCUGGUGGAGCAGCAGCCCAUCCACUCAUGCCGCUUCUGGGGCAAGAUCCUGGGCCUGAGCCGCAGCUACCUGGUGGCCGAGGUGGAGUUCCGCGAGGGCGAGGAGGAGGGAGAGGAGGAGGAGGUGGAGGAGAUGAUGGAGGGAGGCGAGGUCUUGGAGACGCACGGUGAGGAGGAGGGCGAGGAGGAUGAGGAGAAGGUAGUGGACGCCGUGCCCAAGCCGCAGUGGAAGCCGCCGCCAGUCAUCCCCAAGGAGGAGAGCCGCAGCGGCGCCAACAAAUACCUGUACUUCGUGUGCAACGAGCCGGGCCGUCCGUGGACGCGCCUGCCGCACGUGACGCCCGCGCAGAUCGUGUGCGCGCGCAAGAUCAAAAAGUUCUUCACCGGCUUCCUGGACACUCCGGUCAUCAGCUACCCGCCCUUCCCCGGCAACGAGGCCAACUAUCUGCGCGCACAAAUUGCGCGCAUCUCCGCCGCCACGCACAUCAGCCCGCUGGGCUUCUACCAGUUCGGCGAGGAGGAGGGCGAUGAAGAGGAGGAGGGCGGCGCGGGGCGCGACUCGUUCGAGGAGAACCCUGACUUUGAGGGCAUCCCCGUGUUGGAGCUCGUGGACUCCAUGGCCAACUGGGUACAUCACACGCAGCACAUCCUGCCUCAGGGGCGCUGUACAUGGGUGAACCCAAUGCAGAAGACAGAGGAGGAAGAGGAGCUGGGGGAGGAGGAAGAGAAGGCGGACGAGGGGAUGGAGGAGGUAGAGCAGGAGGUUGGUCCUCCGCUUCUGACCCCUCUCUCAGAAGACGCAGAAAUCAUGCACCUGUCUCCCUGGACCACCCGCCUCUCCUGCAGCCUCAGCCCUCAGUACUCGGUGGCCGUCGUGCGUUCCAACCUCUGGCCAGGGGCCUAUGCCUACGCCACUGGCAAGAAGUUUGAGAACCUGUACAUUGGCUGGGGUCACAAGUAUAGCCCCGAGAACUUCAAUCCAAUGCUGCCAGCUCUGAUUCAGCAGGAGUACCCCAGUGGCCCCGAAAUCAUGGAGAUGAGCGACCCCACAGUAGAGGAGGAGCAGGCCCUGAAGGCUGCUCAGGAGCAGGCCCUGGCAGCCGCUGAGGAAGAGGAGGAGGAUGAUGAAGAGGAUGAGGAUGAGGACCUGGAGGACUGAGGUCCCCAAGGCCCUCCCCAUAGCCUUCCCCCUUAUUUGUAGAACAGACUGUAUUUUUCCUAUUGGUUUUGUUCCCUGGCCUUGCACGACACAGGUAGAAAUCCACCCAGUGCUCUAAAUAAAACUCCCACAGCACA